CUGCUCGGGUCGGGCAGUUUGGAGCUUCGGGGCAGGGGCAGGGCAGAGGAGGCGUGAGCAAUAGGAAAGGGGGGAGAGAGGGAGGGGUGGAUUUCUUCCGCGUUGCGGGAUCGCGAGUCCAGUUCAAUCCCAGCCCCCAACGCCCGAUCGAUUCGGGUUGCGCUGCUCGAUCGCUUUCCGCCUGGUCCAUAGAUUCCUGGUGGGGGUCUUUUUUUUUUUGGGUGUCGAAUUUUCCGGUGGGUUCCGAUCGGAUCGGGGCGGAUCGAGUUAGGAGGCGAUGCGAAUCGAGGAGCUUCCCGGCGAUUCUGGCGGCGGCGGAGGAGGGGGGAUGGUAGGGGGAGGGGAACUGCAGCCGCAGCCGCAGCUGCGUUGCGAGGACGGAGGGGCCAACGGUGGGAAGCUGAGGCUGCGUGGCGAGGAUCGCGGCGUUGAUGGUGGGGAGCUGAAGCUUCGUGCCGAGGAUGGCGGCGCCGCCGUCGAGGAGGGGCAGGAGGAGUCGAGGGUGGAGGAGAGUACAGGCGGGGCGGUGAUGCGGGCCGCUUUCGACGCGAAGCGCGCGGCGGUGGGCGUCGGCGCCCGGAUGCUUUUUUACCCAACGCUGGUGUACAACGUCGUGAGGAACCAGUUCGAGUCACACUUCCACUGGUGGGAUCAGGUCGACGAGCAUGUGCUGCUUGGUGCUGUUCCAUUCCCGAGCGACGUUUUGCGGCUGCAGAAGCUCGGAGUCUGCGGUGUGGUGACACUAAAUGAAUCAUAUGAGAGGCUUGUUCCCAAAUCACUAUACGAGGCUCAUGGGAUUGAAAACCUGGUGCUACCAACUAGAGAUUACUUGUACGCGCCAUCAUUUGACAACCUCUGCAAGGCUGCUGACUUCAUUCACAGAAAUGCUUCAUGUGGUAAACUGACAUAUGUUCACUGCAAAGCUGGACGAGGACGUAGCACAACAGUUGUUCUUUGCUACUUGGUGCAAUACAAACAAAUGACACCGGCUGGAGCUUUUGAGCAUGUCAGGUCAUGCAGGCCAAGGGUGUUAUUAGCUUCCGCACAAUGGAAAGCUGUCCAGGAAUUCUACCAGCUUAGAGUGAAGAAAACUGGGCCCAGUUGCCUUGACAUUCCAAUAAUUAAACCGACAUCGUCGCCGGUGUUCCUUGCCACUCAGAACCUCAUCACUUUUGACGACAAGACAUUUGUGAUGGUAUCAGAAUCAGACCUUGAAGGGUACAAUGCGGAUACCUUGUCAGUUAACGUGGGCAGUAGCUUGUGGGAAAUAAGCUUAGUAUACCGUGUGCAGUUUGCCAGCCAGGCAGCAUUUGCAGGCUUUUCAUACCUGUGGUUGCAGUGUCGCGCCCGCAAGGACAAGGAGGCACUCGCUGAGAGCGUGGGAAGCGAGAGCUGCUCUCUCGAGGCAGAGCAGCCUGCGAAUGGUCACCCCUGUCUACUCCAAAGUGUCGUGGUUAAUCCGUGAUAAUCAUCUGGAGAUCCCUGGUGUCUUUUUGUCUUGCUCCCGUAUAUAUACUACUAAAGAGAAGGACAUGCAAUGUGAAGCCUUGACUCCAGUUUGCAGCAACCAAAGAGUGCAGUUGCUCGGGUCUGUAUAUAUGUGCUGUAAUAAGUUGACUGCUACGUACGUGUACAGAGGUAAGUGGAAGCCGUUUCAAAUUGCUAACCUUAUAUAUGCCAAGUCUGUAUAUAUUUACCGUUUUCUUACCCUGUGUUAGCAACAUAUUCAAGUUCCCUUUCUCUCU